AUGGACCGACCAACGCUCUCGUCACCUCCGAAAGACUUCUCGCAAAAAGAGGAGCUGUCGACGUCCACGACCACGCAAACGACGGCCACGCGAGGCGUCGGAGAGAAGUUUCAAAGUUUAAGCAUCGACUUUUUUGGAAACAAGUGCGCGAACGACGACGACGACGACGGUUUGACGACGACGAGGAAUACGAAGAAGAAGAAUGCGAGAAGCGCGAGAGGAAGAAUGAAACGAGAGGACGGACACGUUCCGAGCGGGUUUCGCGCCGUCCACGGGGAGCCUUUUCCCGCGUUUGAGUGUUAUUCAAUACCCGAUGAGGAAAAGAAGAAUCGAGACGAGAAGAAGAAUACAAAGAAGAUUUUUAUGCUCUUUCCUGGCAGUCGGUUGUCCGCGAGGAGGAACGCGCGCGCGAAAAGAGCAUAUAACGCCGAACACGAUGAGAUUGUCGCGUUGGAAGAAGGAACGACGAAUACUUUGGUUUGGAUGUCGUCGUCGGAAUACGGGCGAACGGUUCGCGCGAAACUGGCGCUUCCGAGCGACGUUUUAGACGUUCAGUUUUGUAGGUUUGGGCUUUCGAGAAGCGGCGGUGCGGGAGGCGCGGCGAGUUUGUGCGCGUUGCACGAAGACGGCGUUUUGGUGUAUAAUCCGUUAUCGGGAGAUAUUUUGGACGUGCCGAGACCAGAGGGGUGUCGGGAGAUGUGGCCGUGCGCGUUUGGUUUAAUAUUCAGGAGGGAAGAGGACGGGAAGUUGUUUUUGGUGGAGCACCCGACAGAUGCGCCGCACGAGUUGAAAAGAAUUGGCGGUGAUGGAAACGAUCACAGUGAAGUAGAUAUAUCUGGCGUAGAAAUUGUUUGGAGUGAUUUGGAUGACGCGCUCAUCGUGUGCAGAAAUGUUGCAUCAAAUACAUUUUGCGUGUUCCGAGCGGAAACGGUCUCGGACCCGUCUUCGAUUGAUAUCGAAGCGAAUUUAGCGACGAAUUUGAUUUAUAGAGAGAAGUGCGUGGCGUUGUUUGAAGCUUGGACGGAACCUACGAACACGCAAGAUAACGUUGAGUUCAUCAAAGCGAGAGGAAUGGAAGUAGAGUUCGCAGAGUCGACGGGAGCGGGCGGGUCCAGGCGUUUGCAUUUUUGUUUCCCUGAGAUAAAAAUGCGCACGAGUAUCGAUUUGGCACCAAUGACGAUAAACAAAGCGAAGAAAAAGAACAGUCGUCACGAAAGGUCCACACAAAAUUGGGUGCUCUCGGGAACACCGUGUGCAUCAAUUACGAGCGUCCAGUCGACAAGAGCGCCGUAUUUAGACAUUCUCGUCGUCGGUGAGGACGACUGCGUUGAAUUGUAUCGCGAUAGCAACAACGAAGACGUUCUGGUGUGUCGUUUGGCAGUUUUGCAUUCGAACGAAGGCCAGGCUAUCGAUACCGACGACCAAGCAAACGCGGGCGUUAAUCGAUCGGCAAUAGUUAAGUGCACGGGUAAAGUUUGGGGAUCGAUAGGUAAUCUCGUUAACGUCGACGUCUCGGAAGAUGCGAAGAGAAGGACGCUUAGAUGUAUUCUCCCUGGCCCUCCUUCGGACCCGGCGGUAAGGAACGUUAUUGAUGCCAUGGUUGAAAGCGAUGAUAAGUCCUUGAUUUUAUCUAGAUUUUAUGAGAAAUACUGUGCGGGUUCGUUGCAAGCAGAUGCGGAAUGGGCGAGUUUUUGCACCGUCGCGAAAGAGUCGUGUGGGUUCCUUGUAGGGGUAGAGGAGGAGAAAGAUGACGCAAUGGCAACAACAUUACAAGACGAAAAAGAAAAUAUCAACAAGAACGAGAUGUCAAUUCUAGAAGACGACGAUGCAAAUUGGCAAUUCACUAUAGAAAGUGAUAUGCAUUCGAAAUACGCGAACUCUUUUGCCUUUUUGAGAAAGCUCGAAAACAGAAAAUCGACUGACUCGAAUAGAGGCGGUUCUGUGAAGGACAAACAAACUACGAGACUAGAGCGCAAUAGGCAAACGACGGCAGAAGUGACAUCGGCAUCAACGAUAUCGUUGUCCAUAUUGCGUGAUCCGAAUGCGUUUUUAGAAGCCUUGCACGUUGCCUAUGAAUGCGCAAAGCUCGAUACGACACAACGUUUGACGACGCUCGUGAAACUCGGCGCGCUAAUUAGAGAGCUGGCGUCAGGGUUAGGGCAUGGGAAUUUACUCGCGUAUCAUUCGCUCGAGUGUGGUAAUCCGAUUGCAACGGAUGUAGAACAUGUUACUAAUGAACACAAGAUUUUUGACGUGAUCAAAGCGUGCGAAAUGGCUUUGAAAGGUACCUUGACAGAAGAGUACCUUCCGAAGGUUCUCGGUAGGGUUGUUUGCGAUGACAUGUAUCGAAUCGAGUCGAGCAACUCGAGCAUUUGCGAUUGGGCUAGCGAUGUCCUUCGAUGCUGCCACGAGCUUUCCCCAAUGCGAGCAUUCGCUGACCUUGAUGAUAACAUCAACUUGAGGAGUGACAGAGAUCGUUACAGAAUGGAAUCGAAGUUUGCUUUCAGGCAUCUCGAGACGUCGAACCGAUUCGCCUAUCUCGCCGCGCAGAGAAAUUUUACGCUCGCGAGAAUAGCCCGUUUACCAUCCGGUUUACAGUUGUGCUUUCGUUCGGCAUUGCGGCUAAGUCGCGAAAAUCCGCCUAGAAAUUGGCCAUCUUCGGCGUAUCUUCUCAUCGGGAGAGACGAUAUGGCGGAGCUUUCCACGCGCGACGCUGCGGCGAAACAUAAAAUGUACGCCAUCGCAAAUAGGAAAAUUGAAUCGUCCCGCGACGGUAUCGAUGACGAUGAUGAUGACGAUAACUUUGGAACGAAAAUUGCGUCUGCGCGAGCUUCCGCAUCGUCUGCCGUCGGUUUGAAAUCCGCCGAUGACGCUUUCGAUGCGUACGACGGAAUGGAUCACAUCGAGGCGUUUGUCGGUCCGCUUCGGUUUCCCAAAGAUAGGCGCAUCGUUGAGUUGAGGAAUCUACUCGCCACGGCACGUCCAGCGCCCAUAUACUUGGGAAAUCCGAACGCAUCAAAUGUAGAUGGUGACGAUGACGACCAAGAAGGACAAAAUACAUCGGCUGUAAAUGAAGAUGACCCGAACGCGGCUAGUGAUCCAGACGCUGUGACGCAGCAACAGGCAAAGUUGUGGGCGCGUGCCACUCGAACGUCUGCAGCACCGGUCGGGAGAGGUGCGGCGACGCUGAGAACUUUGCGUCCAAAGCCUACGGAACCAUUGAAAGUUCCGAAAUUGUGUUUCUCUGGAACAUUACCGGCGCAACGAAACGCAGUCUUAAGAUUAGAUUUGAACGCGAAUCCCAAAGCCAAGGCGGAUUUCACAGAUUGGCCCGAUUUUCACAACGGCGUCGCCAGUGGUUUAGCUUUGAAAGCCGCCAAUGAAAUUAACGACCUAAACGGAGAGUCUACAUCCAACCGUAACAACAAUAAUAACAAUGAUGGUGAAGUUACUCGUUCUUGGAUUGUUUUCAAUCGACCAAAGCAGGCGAGUCAUUCGCACGCCGGCGCGCUCAUGGCGCUCGGCUUGAACGGCCACCUCUCCAGAAUGACGGCGACAGACUUGUACAGAUAUUUAGCGCAAGAACAUGAAGCUACGACGGUUGCGGCAUUAAUCGGUAUAGCUGCGGCAAAUCGAGGUACCGCUGACCCGGCCACGGCACGCGUGUGCUUUUUGCACUUACCAGCUCGACAUCCGUUAUCGUUCCCGGAGCUCGAACUUCCCGCGCUCGUUCAAGCCGCCGCGUUGCUUUCGGUUGGUAUUUUACACGAAAGUACGGCGGAUAGAAUGAUGGUUGAGAUUCUUUUGGCUGAAAUUGGCGCGCAGCCGUCUGGUGAGCGUGGCGAUUUCGGCCGCGAAGGCUACACGCUCGCCGCAGGAUUCGCGCUUGGAUUGACCACUUUAGGGUUGGGGGACAACGCCAUCGGUUUGGCCGAUUUAAAGAUUAAGGAGCGUUUGCGACGAUACGCUAUUGGAGGUUCUGCACACGCGAAAGGAUUUUCUGGUAACUAUGGAGGUGCGAAUGGUCCUUCUCUUCGCAAAACGUCGACUUAUUACUCCGACGGUAGCUCGGGCGGCAGCAAACGCGUCGACGAUAAGUACAUCAAUUACGACCCAGUCAUGGCUACUUUCGAAGAAAGUGAAUAUCAAACGGAAGAUGAUAUGAUGAUGAAUGGUAGAGCUGGGGGUGGUACUGGCGCAGGUGGUGGCGGAUCUAUGAGUAACGGUUACGUGCUUGAAGGUAACGUGGUCAACGUGGACCUUUCCGCCCCUGGAGCGAUGCUCGCGCUCGGGUUGAUGUAUUUGAAAACGAACGACGAAGACGCUGCGGAACAUUUGUGCGUCCCAUCAACGCGGUACGAGUUAGAUCACACGCAACCUGAUUUCGUUUUACUUCGUGUUGUCGCCAAAUCGCUCAUUUUGUGGGAUUCCGUACGACCGACGAGGAAAUGGGUCGAGUCGAACUGUCCGAAUCUCUUGAAACGGUCCGCGAAGGACUUGGAUCGAGGGUACAUAAAAACAAAAGAUAUCGUGAAAAAGACUAAUAAUACUUCGAGCGAAGACGAUGUAGAAGGAGACGACACCGAUGACGACGAACAACCGAGAAGUUUUCGUGAAGGUUCCGACCGCGAAGCGGAAGCGCAGGCUCGCGUCCACGCCAUCGCCGGCGCGUGUCUGUCCUUGGGUCUUCGGUACGCGGGUACAGCGGACGAAACGGCGGCGAAUACUUUGCGCCAUUACUGCUUACAGUUUCUAGAAUGGAAGAAAGCGGCUUUGAAUGCAGGUGAACGCAAAGCGGUUGUCGAUAGACCAACUUUGGAAAAAUGCGUCGGAUGCUGCGCGAUGGCUGCCGCCACAGUCAUGGCGGGAACCGGUGACGUCCCCACGUUGCGUCUUCUCAGGCACUUGCGCGCGAGACUCGAAGCGCCCGAAUCGAAUCAAGCGCAAUCCUCGAACAAAGAAAAGGAUAAAAAUAAAAGUGGAAUGUCUUAUGGUGCACACAUGGCGAUUCAAACUGCCAUCGGGUUUCUCUUCCUCGGCGGCGCCGCUCGAACGUUUUCGACCGAAAAUGAUGCCAUUGCGUAUCUUUUAAUCGCCAUGUAUCCGAGAUUUCCAACCGACACCAACGACCACCGGUGCCAUUGCCAAGCGUUCCGACAUUUGUACGUGUUAGCGAGUCGAGAACGAUUGUUAACGACAGUUGAUGUGGAAUCGAAAGCACAAACGUCUGCGUCGGUGGAAAUUGAGGUCCUCGUCGACGCAAAAAGAAGGAAAUAUAAAACCAUCAAAACGACGACGCCGUGUUUGGCACCCGAUACAAAAUCCAUUCGAGAAAUCCGCGUGACUUCUAAGAACCUCUGGCCGACAUCGAGACGUUUUUUUUUCUGUAUAGGAGAAGAUAUAAAGAAUCGAAUCGUCAACUUGGAAAUACCAGUCAUGCAACGUCUUCGGGGCGAUAUUGCGGUCCAAAGUAACGAUGCGUCGGACGACGUGAACGCGGCGUCUUUACGUCCACCCAUCAUCGAUGCUUUCCUUUCCGUUGGCGGUGACGGCUAUAGCUCCGCAUCGCUCGACAUUGAACUCAUUCGUAACGAAGGCGGCGGUUCAAAUUUGAACCCGCGAACGCACUCUGAAAUGUUUGGAUUUGAUGCCUUAUCAAACGCCUCAGUUUUGUUACCUCCAGAUUUCAAACGGAGCAGGAUUGAUAAGAGUUGGAUUGAUCGCGUAAACUUCUCUAAAGCUGCACAACGCGAGUGCACGAGACGUGAGAUUCCAGACGCGUUGCCAUGUUAUGUGGACUUGUACAGUGCGCUCGAGCAUCUCGCCGCAGCUUGUUCGGAUGUUAGUGAUGACAACCGCGCGAUUGGCGAAACAGACGUUCGAAAAUUUUCCGCGUUUACAUCGGAUGUGAAAAUCUUGCAGACGUUUCUAGAGUCUCGAUGUUUCACCAACGAAUCGAAUUUAGUAGACACCACGAAAACGACGUCGUUUUCAAAGUUUAUCUCGCUUAUGCGCAACAUGAGCGAUAUCGGAGACGAUUCCAACGACGCGUUAGCGACGAUGGCGAUUCCAGCCAAAUUAAUCAACGCCAUUCGAAGUUCGACGGAAAUUUUGGUAGAGCAAAGAACGAGAGCGUAUCUUUCGCGAGCGAUUGCGUCUGAAGACGAUGGAUUUCAGCCAAGUAGCGGUGGUGAAUUGUUGUGUGCGUAUUCGAGAUUACUCGAAUUACCGUCUCUGAGUAUUUUAAAAGCCGCCACGCGUCUCGCCAUGGACACGUUUGGAGACGUUUCAGCGGCGUCUCUGGCUUAUGCGCUCGCGGAAACGACGAAGAAUGCGGGGAAGGUACCGUCCUCGAGCCUUUUAGUAAAGUUUGCGAGUUUAUUUAGUUCAUAG